GACAAAGUCUAUUUUACGCUAUAUCAGUUCGACUUCACGCUGUAAUAAGCAUUAGUGAAUUAAUCACUCAAUGAAGCACUGAAUUAUACUUAACGGUCACUUCUUCCACAGUGAGUAUUUCUGCAAUUACUAAUCUAAGCACGUGUAAAAAAGUAUUACCAGCGUCGAAAAUCGUUAUUUUUAUCACAAAAAAAAAACAACCAAAAACAAAGGCAGUGAGAAUCUAACCUGCUUUCCUGGGACGCGUUAAACCAUCGCACGAAAGAUGAAGAUCAAGGAAACCUUUCGUCUCCUCAAUCGAACAAAAAACCGAUAUGCAUUGGAAAAAAUGCCAGCAAAAACCAAAUAGAGUCACUUUAUGGUCCUCCUUGAAAAAUAUAAUCCUCAGGAGCAGAACAUGAUUCACAUACUUAAUUUCAAGAUUGUAAUCUUCUUGAUUUUUUCUCUUUCUUUUUUUUUUUUUUUUUUCUAUAGUCUUCACUGUAACAUCAUCGAACAAACUAUAUUGAUGACCUUUGACUUCGAAGAGCGACAAGGAGCUGACCUUUUCCAAACCAUAUCUGCUACUGACAGUAUAAUCAUUUGUGUGAAUGAGGAAUUGAAGCUACCAGCCAAAGGUAUUACAGGAACAUUGCGUCAAAAGUUCGGGAAUCAACUGUUGCAGGUGCAAAUGCAGAAGAAACAAGUUGGGCAAGUCGCAUCAAUCAUCCAUGGGCAACGUCACAUAUUUUACAUGAUCACAAGACAAAAAUCUUAUAACAAGACCACUUACUCUAACAUGGAACGCUGCUUAAUUGAACUCCGUAGAUUGUGUGAGAAAGAAGGCGUCUAUAGCUUGGUUUUACCGCGCCAACUGGGUGGAGGUUUAGACGGCUUGCAGGAAAAGUAUAUAAAGGAUACUAUUUUUACGGUAUUUCAAGGAUGGCAGGGUAAGCUAGUGAUGUAUAUGGAUCAAAAUCAGUGACGAUGUUUGAACCUGGCCACCGAGUCAAGUUUUAAGCGGAAAUUCACACACCCACAUGCCCACACACACCUUCUGAACUUUU